ACUACCUUCAGCUGGAUGAUUUAAAGGGAUCAGACCAUAUUCUUAUUGUCAUCAAUCCAAACACUAUUCCACUCUCCUUGCCCCCCUACAACAGUCGGGUACCCUUCGAUAUGAAUAGCCAGGCUGCAAUCUACAUUUGUGCUUUCAUAGUCCUGCUGCUCUUGCUGGGUAUAUUCAUAGGAUUUAUCCAUCGCAAACAUCUUCAGCAAGAACGGGAACAGAAGGAGUUCAGACGUGUAGCCCGCGAGAGGACACAACAAACGAUCGACCUGAAUCUGCCGCCAUAUUACAUCGACCAUGUGCGAGACCCAAUCUGUAUCUACGAACACGAGUUGCCGUCUCCGACUUCACCAUAUGAGGGUACACAGCGCUCCACGACUGGCGACUCGGCCAUAUGUCUGGAGAUGCCUCAGCAGGACAGCGUUUCGAGAACCCCAAGUACUCCCAUCAGAUCCACGUCGGCAACUCCGGUCGUUGUAGUCGUAUGUGAUCCGAUUAUCGAGCAGCUGGACAUUGCACAGAUGCCACCACCACCACCAUAUGAGACAUCCAAUCAGAGCGCAGGGGGUUCUCCGGUCGCGGAACAUACAUCCUCCUCUGGUGGGCGCUGAUAGCAGCGGAUUAUGACCGGACCCAGCAUGUCGCCUCGAUCUCAGCACGGCAAAACUCCAGGAUUUUCGAGAAAAAUUCUUUUUUGGUGCAUGCCAGAGCUAUAGCAAGCAGUUCAGGGAUUCUGAGGAAGCAGUAUUCGACAAGCAAGUGCAUCUUCAGUCUUCGGGCAGCACAAUCAUCGCACAGCAACUUCAGCAACUCUUGCAGCCAUCAGCUUUAUUUUGUCAGCUUCCGCAGCUCUCAAUUCACACGAUGCUCUUUCUCGCCAGAGCAUCGUAGUCGACA